UGAAGGGAGAGUGAAGGUCAGAUUCUAUGGAGAGUGGGGCUCAAUGUGCGAUUACAGAUGGGACAUGAAAGAAGCCACAGUUGUGUGCAGGCAGCUGGGCUGUAACAAUUCCCCUGGUCAGCACAAGGCAGCUUCCUUUGGACCUGGAUCAGGAAAGGUUUGGCUCAGUCAGGUCAAAUGUACAGGAGAUGAAUUCACUUUAUCAGAGUGUAAGAGAAACCUGACCAUGUUUCACAAUUGUGAUCACACAGCAGAUGUUGGAGUGAUCUGUGCAGGUGGUGGGCCAUUAGAGUUGAGACUUGCUGGGGGCUCCAAUAGAUGUGAGGGGCGGGUAGAGGUGAAGCACCAUGGUGAAUGGGGCACGGUUGGUGACUUUUUCUGGGAUAAGAAGGCUGCUAUGGUUGUGUGCAGGCAACUAGGUUGCAACACUUCAUAUGAACAGGCAACAUCAUUUGGAGCUGGAACAGGGAAGAUUUGGUUCAGUGGACUGAAAUGUACAGGGAAUGAAUCAGCCCUGUGGGACUGUGAGCCUGAACUGAACAGAUAUCGCAUCUGGAACAACACUGCAGAUGUUGGAGUCAUUUGUGCAGGUGAACCAGAGGAGCUGAGAUUGGUUGGAGGAACAAAUGACUGCGAGGGAAGAGUUGAAGUGAAACACAGAGGAGAGUGGGGCACAGUAUGUGGCAAUGACUGGGAUACGAGGGAUGCCGCUGUGGUGUGCAGGCAGCUGGGGUGCAACACUUCCCUUAUUAAAGCAACUACAUUUGGAGGUGGAUCUGGGAAGAUCUGGUUAAGUCACCUGCAAUGUACAGGGAAGGAGACAUCCCUGUGGGAAUGCAAGCAUGGAAUGUGGGGGCUUCACUAUUGCAAUCAUGGCCAAGAUGUUGGAGUCAUCUGUCAAGGUGCAGAUGAGGAUGUUAGGCUUAUCGGGGGAGACAAUGAGUGCGAGGGGAGAGUGGAGGUGAAGCAUCAAGGAACAUGGGGUACUGUGUGUGGUCGUCAAUGGGGUGCAAAGGAAGCUUCCGUUGUUUGUAGACAACUGGGCUGCAACACCUCCAAUGAAUAUUUCUCUACCAAAGCAACAUUUUUUGGAGCUGGAUCUGGGAAGAUUUGGCUCAGUAAUGUUAAAUGUACGGGAGACGAGCCGAGCCUUGCAUGGUGUAUGCAUAAUACAUGGGGAAUUGAGAAAUGUGAUCAUACUGAGGAUGUUGGAGUCAUUUGCACAGGUGAGCCUGAGGAAUUGCGACUUUUUGGGGGAGAUAAUGAGUGUGAAGGAAGAGUUGAAGUGAAGCAUCGGGGGGUGUGGGGAGCAGUUUGUGACCACAAUUGGAAUCAAAAGGCAGCAUCUGUGGUAUGUCGGCAGCUGGGAUGCAACAACACAACAGAGGGGCACAUGAAGGCCCAGGCAGCUUUCUUUGGAUCAUCAUCAAGAAAUGUUUCCCUCUCCCGAGUGAAAUGCACAGGAGAAGAAGCAGUCCUUUGGGAAUGUCAGCAUCAAAUGUGGGGCUUAGCAACUGUCUUCAUAGAGCAGACGUCGGAGUGAUCUGUAAAGGUGAGCCAGACUUACUGAGCCUGGUUGGAGGAGCCACUAAUUGUGCUGGAAGGGUGGAGGUAAAGCACCGAGGUGAGUGGGGCACAGUGUGUG